AUGUGGAGUUUUUGCGCGAUUGUCAAUUUAGUCCUCCGUAGCACUCUCCGCUUCUCUCCAGACGGAACUUUCCAAAUCACCGUCCUCUCCGAUCUACACUUCGCAGAGUACGAAGACUCCGCCCAGGGCGCGACGCAGGACGCCAGAACCGCUGGGGUGGUCCAAAAGGUCCUGCAGCAUGAGACGUCCACGCAGCUGGUCGUGCUCAAUGGAGAUUUGAUCUCCGGUUAUGGUACUACCUCCGACAAUGCAACGCGGUAUCUGGACCAGGUGUUCGCGCCGAUCCAUGCGCUCGACUUGCCAUGGGCCGUCACGUACGGGAACCACGAUAACGAGCGCUUUUCGAAAUCCAGGGCACUGUUCGACUAUGAGAGCAGCACAUAUCCGGAUCAGAGUCUCACGAGGGAUAUGGGGCCGCAGGGGUCCGAGGCAGGUGUUUCCAACUACUACCUGGAGGUGUUUGCGGAGACUGAGGAUGUUCCUGCGUUGCUUCUGUGGUUCUUUGAUAGUCGCGGGGGAGAUCAACCUCAUGACUGGGUGGAUGAUUCGGUCGUUGAAUGGUUCGUCAGCACAAACGCCAAUCUCGUCCAGCAGUACAAGAGAGCUGUCCCCUCGCUUGCAUUCUUCCACAUCCCCAUCACCGCGGCGUACGAUUUUCAGGUGAAGCCCGGUGUGAACCCAAGCAGACAGCCAGGCAAGAAUGGAGAGAAGGUCUGGUGGCAAGGUCGCGGAUACGAUGGCAAGACAGGCCAUGACUUGAAGUUCAUGACGGCGCUGUCAAACACAGACGGCAUGCUGGCUACCUUUAGCGGCCAUGAUCAUGAUAACGACUGGUGCUUCAAGUGGAAGAGAUCCCCAUCCACCAGCGCCGGCCUCAAUGUGUGCUAUGGCCGCCAUACCGGCUACGGCAGCUACGGCAGCCUAGCCCGAGGCGCGAGGCAGAUUCUGCUCAAGAAGGAUACUCUGGCAGAAGAGGUGGUGACAUGGAUUCGACUGGAGGACGGGCUUGUCCCAGAGAACGUCACGUUGAAUGCGACAUAUGGGCAGGAUGAAUACCACCCUCAUCACCGGGGUUUCCCACAGCGGACUGACCUGAGGAGGGGAUUGAGCGCAGUCGAGAAUAUUGGCGUUGGCCUGGAUGUGUCUACUCUGUACCUGGUCGGUCUUGUUCUGUUUUGGUGGAUACGCGGUCGUUGA